GGACUGCCCGCGGCGCGGGGGAAAGUUGAGUUGGGAGAAGUUGGGAGCGGCGGGGGCGCGCCCCGGGGUGGGCACGGGGAAGUCGUCGGGAGCGCGAGAGGGCACCGGAGGACUUGGACAGACCCCGAGACCCCCGGGGCACGAAAUCCUGAGCAAGCGGGUUAUGCCUCCACCUUGUUGCCCUGAAAGCCGCAGCGACAGUGAAAAGGGCUAAGAUUUGGCCAUGAGCAGCGGUCGGCGCCCCGCCUCAGGGGCAGAUUCUUUCCACACAGUGCCAGAGCCAGAGAGUGUGGGCCCUGGGACACCUGGGUUCCCAGAACAGGAGGAAGAUGAACUUCACCGCACCCUGGGAGUUGAACGGUUUGAAGAGAUCCUCCAGGAGGCUGGGUCCAGAGGAGGGGAGGAGCCAGGCCGAAGCUAUGGAGAGGAAGACUUUGAGUACCAUCGCCAGUCCUCCCACCACAUCCACCACCCACUGUCCACUCAUCUGCCUCCGGAUGCCCGCCGCCGCAAGACCCCCCAGGGCCCUGGACGGAAGCCUCGAAGGCGCCCUGGAGCCUCCCCAACUGGGGAAACCCCCACCAUUGAGGAGGGGGAGGAAGAUGAGGAUGAGGCCAGUGAGGCUGAGGGGGCCCGGACACUCACUCAGCCAUCUCCUGCCUCCACACCCUCCUCUGUACAGUUCUUUCUCCAAGAGGAUGAAGGCACUGACCGGAAGGUAGAGAGGACCAGUCCAUCUCCCCCUGCACAACUGCCACACCAGGAGGCAGCUCCCCGGGCUACCAAAGGGGCCCAAACUGGAACACUGGUGGAGGAGGUGGUACCAGUGGCCAGUGGCACAGCUGGAGGUGACGAUGGGGGUGCCUCGGGGCGCCCUCUGACCAAAGCUCAGCCUGGGCAUCGCAGCUACAACCUUCAGGAGAGAAGACGCAUUGGGAGUAUGACCGGGGCAGAGCAAGCACUGCUGCCCCGUGUCCCCACUGAUGAAAGUGAGGCCCAGACGCUAGCCACGGCUGACCUUGACCUCAUGAAGAGUCACAGGUUUGAGGAUGUUCCUGGGGUGCGACGGCAUUUGGUACGGAAGAACGCCAAAGGGUCUGUGCAGAGUGUGCGGGAAGGGCGAGAGCCCGGCCCCACGCCUCGGGCCCGACCCCGGGCCCCCCACAAGCCCCAUGAGGUGUUUGUGGAGUUGAAUGAGUUGCUGCUGGACAAAAACCAGGAGCCUCAGUGGCGGGAGACAGCCCGUUGGAUCAAAUUUGAGGAGGACGUGGAGGAGGAGACCGAGCGCUGGGGGAAGCCCCAUGUGGCCUCGCUCUCCUUUCGCAGUCUCCUGGAGCUCCGCCGGACCCUGGCCCAUGGAGCUGUGCUCUUGGAUCUGGACCAGCAGACCCUGCCUGGGGUGGCCCACCAAGUAGUAGAGCAGAUGGUCAUCUCCGACCAGAUCAAGGCCGAGGACAGGGCCAAUGUGCUGCGGGCCCUUCUGUUGAAACACAGCCACCCGAGUGAUGAGAAGGACUUCUCCUUCCCCCGUAACAUCUCAGCUGGCUCCUUGGGCUCCCUGCUAGGGCAUCACCAUCCCCAGGGGGCUGAGAGUGACCCACACGUCACUGAGCCUCUCAUUGGUGGUGUUCCUGAGACCCGGCUGGAGGUGGAUCGAGAGCGUGAGCUGCCACCUCCAGCCCCACCAGCUGGCAUCACUCGUUCCAAGUCUAAGCAUGAGCUAAAGCUGCUGGAGAAGAUCCCUGAGAAUGCCGAGGCUACCGUGGUCCUCGUGGGCUGUGUGGAGUUCCUCUCCCGCCCCACCAUGGCCUUCGUGCGGCUGCGAGAGGCUGUAGAACUGGAUGCAGUGUUGGAGGUGCCUGUGCCCGUGCGUUUCCUCUUUCUGCUGCUGGGCCCCAGCAGCGCCAACAUGGACUACCACGAGAUUGGCCGCUCUAUCUCCACCCUCAUGUCCGACAAGCAAUUCCAUGAGGCAGCCUAUCUGGCAGAUGAACGGGAUGACCUGCUGACUGCCAUCAAUGCCUUCCUGGACUGCAGUGUGGUGCUCCCCCCCUCGGAAGUACAGGGCGAGGAACUCCUACGUUCUGUCGCUCACUUCCAGCGCCAGAUGCUCAAGAAACGGGAAGAGCAGGGCCGGCUGCUGCCCCCAGGAUCUGGGCUGGAGCCCAAGUCUGCCCAAGAUAAGGCACUCCUGCAGAUGGUGGAGGUGGUAGGUGCAGCUGAAGAUGAUCCCCUUCGUCGGACGGGCCGGCCCUUCGGGGGCCUGAUCCGUGAUGUGAAGCGUCGCUAUCCCCACUACCUGAGUGACUUCCGAGAUGCACUUGACCCCCAGUGUCUGGCUGCCGUCAUCUUCAUCUAUUUUGCUGCUCUGUCUCCUGCCAUCACCUUUGGGGGGCUGCUGGGAGAGAAGACGCAGGAUCUGAUAGGCGUGUCAGAGCUGAUCAUGUCCACAGCGCUCCAGGGUGUGAUCUUCUGUCUGCUGGGGGCUCAGCCAUUAUUGGUGAUUGGCUUCUCAGGCCCCCUGCUGGUCUUUGAGGAAGCCUUCUUCUCGUUCUGUAGUAGCAACCAGCUGGAGUACCUGGUGGGCCGCGUGUGGAUUGGCUUCUGGCUGGUGCUCUUGGCCCUGCUCAUGGUGGCCCUGGAGGGGAGCUUCCUGGUCCGCUUUGUCUCCCGCUUCACCCAGGAGAUCUUCGCCUUCCUUAUCUCCCUCAUUUUCAUCUACGAGACCUUCUACAAGCUGGUCAAGAUCUUCCAGGAGCAUCCCCUCCACGGCUGUUCAGUCUCCAAUAGCUCAGAGGCAGACAGCGACAAUACAACAUGGGCCAGAGCAACAACCACGCUGGGACCAGGCAAUGGGAGCUUGGCUGGGCAGUCUGGGCAAGGGAGACCCCGGGGCCAGCCCAACACAGCCCUGCUGUCACUGGUGCUCAUGGCUGGCACCUUCUUCAUCGCCUUCUUCCUACGCAAAUUUAAGAAUAGCCGGUUCUUCCCCGGCCGGAUACGGCGGGUGAUUGGGGACUUUGGGGUGCCCAUCGCAAUCCUCAUCAUGGUGCUUGUGGAUUACAGUAUUGAGGACACCUACACCCAGAAGCUGAGUGUGCCCAGUGGAUUCUCAGUGACAGCUCCAGAAAAGCGGGGCUGGGUCAUCAACCCCCUGGGGGAGAAGAGUCCCUUCCCUGUGUGGAUGAUGAUUGCCAGCCUGCUGCCUGCCGUCCUGGUCUUCAUCCUCAUCUUCAUGGAGACGCAGAUCACCACGCUGAUCAUCUCUAAGAAGGAGCGAAUGCUGCAGAAGGGCUCUGGCUUCCACCUGGACCUGCUGCUCAUCGUAGCCAUGGGCGGCAUCUGUGCCCUCUUUGGCCUGCCCUGGUUGGCUGCUGCCACUGUCCGCUCUGUCACUCAUGCCAACGCACUCACUGUCAUGAGCAAGGCUGUGGCGCCAGGGGACAAGCCCAAGAUUCAGGAGGUCAAAGAACAGCGGGUUACAGGCCUGCUGGUGGCCCUGCUUGUGGGCCUUUCCAUGGUUAUCGGGGAUCUGCUCCGGCAGAUCCCCCUGGCUGUGCUCUUUGGAAUUUUCCUGUACAUGGGAGUCACUUCCCUUAAUGGGAUCCAGUUCUAUGAACGGUUGCACCUGCUGCUCAUGCCACCCAAACACCAUCCAGACGUCACCUACGUCAAAAAGGUUCGGACCCUGCGAAUGCACCUGUUCACAGCUCUGCAGCUGCUCUGCCUGGCCCUGCUCUGGGCUGUUAUGUCCACAUCUGCCUCCCUGGCCUUCCCCUUCAUCCUCAUCCUCACAGUACCACUGCGCAUGGUGGUGCUCACCCGUAUCUUCACCGAGCGAGAGAUGAAAUAUCUGGACGCUAAUGAGGCGGAGCCAGUGUUUGAUGAGCGCGAGGGUGUGGAUGAAUACAAUGAGAUGCCCAUGCCUGUGUAGCUGCUGCCCAGGGACUGAAUGAUGGACAGAGGGAAUGGGCUGGUGGGAUGGGUUUCCCCUCCCCCUCCCAGUUUUUAUUUAAGUGAAUAAUUUAAAGUCCCCUUCUCCCCACCCCUGCAGUAAAGUGCUUCGGCCCCCACCUA